ACUUGCCUUAUAUGUUUACGAGUAUUUACUUCAUGUCGGGGCACAGAAAUCAGCACAGACAUUUCUGUCAGAAAUCAGAUGGGAGAAAAACAUAACAUUAGGAGAACCACCAGGGUUCCUACACUCGUGGUGGUGCGUCUUCUGGGAUUUAUAUUGUGCAGCUCCUGAAAGGAGGGAAACUUGUGAUCAUAGCAGUGAAGCGAAGGCAUUUCAUGAUUAU